GGAAACAUGGGUACGGUAAAAGUUAUUGAGUAUAGUCAUUCUUUAACAGUGUUUCUCAACCGUAUAUCGGGAUAAAUUUGUGUUGAUGGUUGAUAGAGAGAAAUGCAAACGGUGAACAGUGGAUACAAAUUCCCCAUGAAGUUAGUUCAAGUACACUGAAAUGACAACAAGUGAUUGAUAUUAUUGACGACGGUAUAAUGUGAGGUGAAAAAGAUAUUUCGGCGCGAACGGGAGUGCACUUUGUUGGUAAGUAACCCGACAAAGCAUCCCGUUCGUGGAACUGAUCGCAUAUUUGGGCCUUUCAUUCAAGGUGUAAGAACAAUUCCCUUACGAAUUCCCGUUAGUGAAUACAGGUUAUGUGAACUUCGAAACGCCUGGUCGUUCGCUGUUUCUCUCAAACACCGGCCAGGAUGGGCCAGGGUACAGAUACGUGCACGGACAGGCCUACAGAAGUUAGUGUCAUCAGAUUUGUGUCAAGAAAUCGUACUAUCGAAGAAAUCGUACCGAAAAAGGAAAUAUAUACUUGUAAGCAACGAGGUUGUGGAAAGACAUUCACUAAUCAAGAUGAAUACAAAACACACGAAACUCUUGAGGCUUUAAAAAUUAGAUUCAUUUGUCGGGAACCAGGAUGUGGAGAAGAAUUAUCUGAUCCUGGAAGUAUGUGGCGGCAUUAUCAAGAGUGGCAUAACAAUGAAACAAAUGUAUUUAUAUGUCCAUAUACAAAUUGUGGCUCCUUACAUACAACCAGUAACAAUUUGGAAGAACAUAUCGAAAACUACCACAGACAACCACCAACACUGCCAACUGAACCAGAAGUAAUAUGUUUUGAAGAUUCUGAAAAUGUAAUAGACGAGGAAAUUGUACAAAGUACCGAGGAAUGCUAUGAUAAUAGAAAUGAAACUUUUGCAAUAAAAGGGCAUCAUUACGAUGACAAUAAUGAACAAAAUAUUCAUAGAAAUGACAAUGUACAGCAACAAAAAAAAGAAGCCUCGCAUGAUCAGAACACUGGAAGCGAUAAUUCUAAUAAGGAAGAUUACUCAUCUAACACAGAAAGCUUAAAUGAAACUGUUACAUUUCCUAUGAAUGAAAAUUUAAUGAUAAACACAGAGAAUUUUCUGCCCAAUUAUGAAGGCAACACAAAAAGUUCAGAAUUGCAAACAGAUCAUUCCCAAGAGAAAGCUAAUGUAGUUUAUGUAAAUGGUGAUAUUACCAUUACUAAGAAUUCAAAAAACGAAGUAUGUAAUAUGAAUGCAAGAAAUCAAGAACAUAGAAUAGAACUGGAUAAUUUAGAAAGAAUCUUCAGAAGUGAUCUGGAUCGUGAUAUUUCAAAAACCGAGGAGAAUACCAUGGAAACGAACAGUAAUUGUUCGGACGAUGAAGAAUAUACGCCAAAAAAACAACGCAUGUCUAGAUAUAAACAGGAAAUCUACAAAUGUGCAGUCAAUGGUUGUGGGAGAAAAUACAAAUACAUAUCCCAUUAUCGUCAUCAUCAAGACAGUCAUAAAUUAUUAACGAACGCAAUUAGCUCAAAUUCUAGCAAAUCAAUAGUAAAAUUGAAGCAAGGAAAAGCAUCGGCAGUCAGUUUUUUCUUAUGCAAGAUUCCUGGCUGUAAAGCACAGGUGAGCAAUGUAACGGGUCUAUGGAAACAUUACCAGGACAAUCAUGCUAAUUCAAAACUGCCAGUAGUACAAGAAGCUAAGAGUACUGAAGUAUUUCGUUGCAAAAUUCCUGGGUGUGAAACAGAAUUUAGUACAACGGUAAUGUUGUACAAACAUUUCAAUGAAGUGCAUUCGAAUGGUUCUGGCAAUAAUGCUAGCACAAACACAAAGACUGGGAAUGGGAGUAGUUUUCAUUAUAAUGAAAUAUUCAAAGAUGAUACUACCAUCCUGCAAGGAAACUUUAAGACUGACUUUAAGGCAAAGAAUAAUAUUAAUGCAAAUGACUGUACGAAGAAUACUGAUGAACAAAGAUUAUCAUCAGCUGUUAAGAAAGAAACUCGAGAUUGACUUGAGAUGAACUAGUAUCUAUAAACGUGAUGAUAAAUAAUUGUAGCGAUAUGAAUCAAGAGUAUUUUACUAGGGCCGAAAGUAUUCAAACCAUCAAACGAAUUAUUGUUCCUCUCUCUCUUUAAUGAGCGAUUCCGCUCCUUCUUAUUCUCCAUCUUUUUGACUAGUCACUUUUUAUUACGCUUUUAUUAUUGACUUUAAGUGUAAAGGCCCUUGUUAAUUACUCAAAUCUUUAUAUCUCUAACUUUUAAUUAUAGGAAUGCAAAAAUCGAGAUAC